UUUGCCUAACAAAUUUGUAGCUCAUAAUUCAAUAGAGGUUAUAGUUAUAUUAUUCCAUGAUAAGAUCUGCAAAAAUACGAUGUCUGUAAUCCUGCGGUUGCUGCAAAACGCAUUACACUCAAGCAAGCAACCGUUGGCACUGGGGGCCUCAAAUUUUCACUCGUUAGUGCCAAACAGCAACCCGGGUGUGUUAACCGGCGCAAACUUAUUCAGCAUCCCUUCACGGUCUGUAAUUAGGGUGCAUUUCCCCAGACCGUCCGAGACAAAGAGAAUUAAGCGACAUGGCUGGCGGAAAAGAAUGUCGACCCCGGCAGGACGAAGAAUCCUUAUGAAUCGUAUUUUAAAAGGCCGUUGGGUAUAUUCCCACUAGUGUCGCGAGUCAGACUAUCUAUGAAAUAAAAGUGACCAGUAGAAAAUCAAAAAUUUGUUUAUAUUAAUAUUAUAAAAAAUGAUUAUCACAA